UUUUGCGCAUGCGCAGUGGCUGGCGUCCAGCGGAAACGUCAUGUUUACCGGAGCUCAUGAGAUCAAUAGUGACGAAAUUCAAGACAAUAACUUUAAUAUCGGCGACAUGAAAUUAACGCGUAAACUCGUGCUGGCUCGAGCUAAAGCUUCAGAUCUUGAAAGUGUGAAGAAAUUAAACUGCUGGGGCUGCAAUCUAUCAGAUAUAUCUAUAUUUUUGGAAAUACCCAAUGUUGAGGUUCUCACACUGAGUGCUAAUAAAAUCUCAUCUCUGGAGCACAUAUCCUCAUGUCGGCAUCUCAGUGAGCUGUAUUUGAGACGUAACAACAUUCAGAGUCUGUCAGAACUGAAGUACCUGAAGGAUUUGAGUCGUUUAAAGGUUCUGUGGUUAGCAGAGAACCCGUGCUGUGGUUCUGACCUGAUCAGAUACCGUCUGACCGUCCUCCGAAACCUGCCCGGACUGCACAAACUCGACAACCAGGUGGUCACAGAAGAGGAGCUUGCAUUGGCAUUGAAAGAAGGGGAGGAGCUUAACACACCUCCAGGCCCUGCCCCCUUCAGCUCCACCAAUGGCCUUACAGAAGCAGACUCGGAGACCGACCCUCUUAAUUACAGCAUGGAGGAAACCAAUAAAAUUCGUGCUCAGCUGGGAAUGAAACUGUUGCCUUUAGACAAAUUCACAUCGCUGUCAUCACCGCGUGAGGCUGGAGAAACAUCGAGGAGAAAGAGUCACACUUUGGAGGCCGUUCUGCUUCUUCUGAAGGAUCUAGACGUCGAUGAGCUGAAGAUCGUUCAAUCCGUCACCGAGAGCAAACUGAGAUCACACAGUCGACAGAGAGAGCGCCAGAAAUCACCAAUCUGCUCAUAAAACACUCAUCUCCACCUUUGUAUCAGUUACAUAUGACCAAGCAAAAAAAAAUCAUCUUAAGUACAGUUUUUGAAAAAAGUGAAAUCUCGAAAUAUUUUUAUACUAGUUAAUAAAGAAAUAUUCAAGUUAACACAUAAUAAUAACUCUGUAUAGUAAUUCUGAAACAUUUAAGAUCUCACUCCAGACUCAUUUAAAACAACAAACCCUUUAAAUAUCAUCCAGAUUAUAAAUGAGCUUCACAUGUUAAAUAAGUUAAAUAAAUAUUCUUGCAUGAGAUUGUUACCAUGUUGCCUUCUGUUCAAACUAAUAUUUCUGUUCUUUAAAUAUCAACAUAAUGACGUUUACUUUCAUGUGUUUAUUUAUGAGCUUGUAUUUUUAUAUGUAAUAAACUCAGAUGCACAAAAAUA